AGGAAUAGUUGAAGAACUGUUUGAAGAAGGGUCAGCAAUGCUAGCUGAAAGACUGGGAAACGAUGAACCUACCACACAAUCAACGUCCAGUCUUUUCGUGUGUGUUGUAUGCCAAGCUGACCUUGCACCAAGCGAGGGCAUCUCAGUUCAUGCUGGUUCCAUCUUCUCCACCAGCUCAAAACCCUGGCAAGGACCCUUUCUUUGUGCUGAUUGUCAAAAUAAGAAGGAUGCCAUGGAAGGAAAACGCCCUUGUGGAAUUAAGUUCACUUUUCUUGGCGGAAAUAUCUUCAUCUUUGGUCUUGAUCUUGGAGAAGAUAACAAAGGCUUGGGUGGAAUUUGCAAACAACCAAGGCUCCCUUCAAACAUAGCCAACACUAUGCCCAUUGGAUAGUUUGUAUGCACACUUAGAUAAAUUCUACACCGAUUAAACAUAAGAAAAAUGUUGAGUACCCUUUGGGAGUGAUAAAAGAAGAUUGGUAAAUCGUGAUGUCCUAUAUUUAAAGUUGACAAUAUUUUGAUAUUGAUUGGAUGUUACACAUAAUUACCAUUUGCCUCGCACAUUUUUUUAUCCUUUGCUAGCCAAGUUCUUCAUUGAUUUUGAGGCAAUUGUAAAUCUAGUGUAGAAAUUAUAUAUCACUGGUACAAUCAACUAGAACUUUAAAAGUCUUUCUUUUUCCAACCAUUUCUAUAACCACUAUUCUAUGGUUACAAACAUCAGAUUUGUAAGAAGCUUCUCCAAUGUCUCAACUGAAUAAUUUUGGUGCAAUAUAGCCACAAUAGUUCCUCAUGUGGGAUAUAUUUAGUGUUAGUGUAGAGUUUGAUCAUGUUUAAAGAAUAUCUCUAUAGGGUUAGCCAAGAGUCAUUGUGGGGUAGAGCCACACAAAAGACGGUCAAAGGGUCCAAUUGCUCAAUCAAUGGAAGGUGGUCAGGGGGGCAAUUCCCCUUGCAGUGGAUCGAAGGCAAACACUCAAAAAACAACCUGCAUUCAAUAACAAUUCUUAACAACCUACAUUCUAUCACUGAAAAUAGUUGAGUCUUUGAUAGUUUAAACUUUGACAUCCAUUUAUGUUGAUGAAUUCAAGUUUUCUUGAUACAAUA